CUCAACCAAGUAUACCACAAUGCCUCGGUUUCUGAACAAGAGGAAGAGACCAAGCUAUAGUCACGUGACUCCGUAUCCCACGAACAUGGCGACGAAGGAGAAAGAGAGAGAUCGCGGUCAGUCAAUGACCUCCAAACUGAGCAUCGGGAACUACAUACUCGGACAAACUUUAGGUGUUGGAACGUUUGGAAAAGUGAAAAGUAAGUAUUAGUAAGGUUAAUUGUGUUAACCUUUGCGUAAUUAGGAGAGAUCGCUGUAAGCGUGCACAACUCCACGUACGCAAAAUGCUUAGUCAUUUGCAUGUAGUAGAAAAUUUGCUACACACGAAUGAAUAAAUGACUGGGAAAAUACGGUAAUAAUCGCUGUUAUGAUAGUAUAUAUACUACCAGGCUUUAUACCAUUACUAGACCUGAAUUGAAGGUACAAAGUAAUGAAAUCAGCGCGUUGAUGCCUAACAACUAACGUGUUUGCAUGCAAGAACCGUGCGAUGUUGGUUCCCUGGUCAUUCAAGACUUACUGUUGACUUCCACGGAAGUCAGGCCUCAUUGAUCUCAGCUUGUUUACGUGUUAUAAGCAUACCUUCAUCAGCAACGUGAUAAUUGUAUUGACCUUUGAGCGGUGCUGAGAAAACUCUUUAUCUUUUAUUUGUUGCUAAUUCCAUGAAAGCUUUUUACUCUUUCCAUGUCAGUUUAAGUUCUUAAUGACGGACUUUGAACUUUUUUGGAGAUCAUGUACAUGUAACUGCAAGAGUUCUUUAACUGAAUCAAGAAGAAACACAAGAUUAACUUUCUCUAUGCGUUUAUACAGUAGUUGUUUUUCGCAGUAGUGAGCACUAUUUAUAUUAUUUAAAAUAGUUUGAUACACAAUAUUAACAAAUGUAUACUAUUCUGUAUGCUAUGAUCUUAGUAUACAUUAAUUAUUUUGUAUACAGUGGAACCUCGAUAUAACAAAGGCCAAAGGACGGGCAAAAUUUGUUCGCUGUAACAAGGUUUCGUUAUAUAAAGGUUCUUCUCCAUAUAUUUUACUAUUACUAGGGUCAAGAAAAUCGUUUGUUAUACAGAGGACUUCAUUAUAUAGAAUUUUGUUACAUCAAGGUUCCACUCUAGCAAUUUACUUUAUUAUAUUGCUGACUGUGUGAGUGAAUGACUAUAAGAAUGAAAGACUUCAUUUAAAGGGGAGUCAUUUGACUUUGAUGAAAGUGAAAAUCUAAUUUAUGGCUGACAAAUAAACAGUAAUCAAGUAAAUGAAAAUCGUCUACAAAUAAAAGAAAUUUAUACAGCUAUGAACAUAAUUUAUUAAUGGUAAAAAAGAUAGAAUCAUAGAAAUUGUUCACAAAUUCUGUGUUCUUUUUGUCCAUCCUGUCCACUUGGGAUUUCGGGCUUAGUUUCUACAAGAAUCAAGUGUUCUUUUUGUCAUAAUAUAGUAAAUCCAGUAACCAGUCUUGUUCAGUCGAGAUGGCUGGGUAGUGCUUCUGAUUGGUUUGAGAAAAUUUCCCUUGCGGCACGACCAAUCACAAGCACUACCCAGAUCUGGGCAUUAGCAUGUCAUCAGUAUUGAAUUUGUGCGUUUGUUCUUCAGACUUAAUUUCGUAGGGAAACCAGUGGUGGCACUUCAAAAUGUCAACUGUUUUCUCAGGUUAACCUUAGUGUACGCAACUACUUUAUGGUGAUACAUACAAAGAUUCCAUAGGUUCAGUUGUCAACAAAAACUGCUACUGAAAGAGUUUUUCAUUCAUGUAUAGAUUGUCAGUGACAUAAAAUAUGUGAAGCAAUAGCAUUGUAGAGAUCACUUUCAGAUGAUAGCUUGUGAAAACAACAAUCUUGCUCCUCGCUUCUAGAGACAUCUUGCCAGGAGGGAUGUUUGCGCCUCAGCGCCAGAAAUUUCAUACUGAAGACGUAAAUCAAUGUUUACAUAAUUAAUCAGGUUGUUUUGGCGUUCCAAAUGUAAAUUUGUUCGAUUUUGUUUUCCCCAGUUGAUUAUGGUGAAGUUAAUUUGUGUUUCUCUGUGAACGACCUCCGUGAAUAUGUACCGUUUUGUAGUGGAUUUAUCAUGUUUACAUGCAAUCAUUGUGACCAUUUGUCUUUUGCAUUUGUCUGUUUUUUUUUUUAUAAAAAUAGCUAUAAUACAGUUUAACUACUGCAUGUACAUGUGACCAAUUAGAGCUCCCGACCAGAUUCCAGACAGAUUUUAUGUCAUCUGUAUGGGAUUUUUGUCUCUGAGGUAUAGUGGCGAGGAGGGAGGAGAGACAGUUGUUUUCUUGCGCUAACUUCAUGAUUGUCACUGCUAUUAGAGAAAAUUACUAAUUUUUGCACUCCUGUUCAUUUUAGUGGCAGUACAUCAACUGACAGGCCACAAAGUUGGAGUUAAGAUCCUCAACAGACAAAAGAUAAAGAACUUAGAUGUCGUAGGAAAAAUAAGAAGGGAGAUUCAAAACUUAAAGCUUUUCAGACAUCCGCACAUUAUUAAACUGUAAGUAUUUGGCUAGUGACUGAGCUUUUGCUUGAAAUGAUCUUGACCCCUAUUAAUGAAUGGGAGUUUUAUCACGUGGCAAAAUAAUAUCUUCUUUUCUCCUUUGAGACAGUGAGUUUAAUCAGUUUACUUUCUUUUAAUCCAACUUGUGCAAUCUGAAUGCAUGAUCACUGAACUUCGAACUUUUAGAUAUUUAAGAUUCUAGUAUUUCAGUGCUGUGUGAUCAAAUAAAGGGAGACUGGAGUGAUGGGAGAUUAUCUCAAGGAGUAUUGGUGCGAUUAGCCCAUUACAAACCCUGAAAUCAUGAAAUGUUAUUGUACUUUGUUGGCCUUAACCAAUUCCUGGCUAACAAAAUUUGUUGUAAAAAUUAUUCUUGAUUUUUAUAAUAUUUAUUUUGUAUUAUUCCAGAGGGUCAGCUGAGCAUCUAUUUGCCAAAAUAAAUUACCCCAUUUAUCAAAGAUGUCUUUGAUCUACAAACUCCUCACUACUGAGUCAUCAUUAAUGCCUGUUGUUAUUUUUGAUUGUUGUAUACAGGUAUCAGGUCAUUAGCACUCCUUCGGAUAUAUUCAUGGUUAUGGAGUAUGUGUCAGGAGGGGAACUGUUUGACUACAUUCUAAAGCAUGGAAAGGUAAGCAUCCAUGUUCCUUCUGGAAUCAAAAUCAGUUACGGUGCACAUGAGCCAAGGUGGUUCUCUGCUUAUAAAUUCUCAAGCUUCAGUCAUAAGAUUUAUUGUUCAAUUGUACUAUUAAUGACUGGUGCUAAAACCAGGGUUCUCGUUAAGUGCCAGCAACCAACUAAAAAACCGGCUACUUUGAGGUCUGAGCAAUCUGCUUUUGGGGGAAAGUCGGUGAAGUGAGGGAGUGAAAUCCUCAAAUUGCCUACAGCACUAAUUGUCUUGAUUGCCAACCAUCUACUUUUACAUCCUAGCUGUCUACUUUAAAACUUAAUGGGAACCCUGAUGAUUAUCUAAUUGCCUUACUCUGCUGUUUUGUGUUUUUAGCUUGAAGAAAGAGAGGCACGGAGGUUUUUUCAACAGAUUAUAUCUGGAGUGGAUUAUUGUCACAGACACAUGGUGGUCCACAGGUAUGGAAUGGUGUCUUUCCUGGUACCACCAGUUAGUGCCGUUACAGAAUAAGUCACACCAGUGCGAGUUCACCCGAGUUUCUGUACCAGAUUCUAGUGCAAAACUUGCUCAUAAACACCCUUUGAGUAUUCUCAGAGUGUCAGGUGUCAUUGGAGGUUGCCAUGGUUACCAUAUCAGUUAGCUCUGCUUAUUUUUCAUGUCUUUGCCUGUGUUGCUGAUUGCGAGCACCCACUCUUUAUGUCGCAGUAGUGACCAACAUUAAUUUUCUCCUAAAAAUACCAAUAAUAAUAUUUAAAAAAAAGUUUAUGAGAAUAAAUAAAAGGAUAACCUAAGGGAAAAUGCUUUGAUCCUUGAACAGUUUCCCUCAACUAAUUCUGUAAGGAAAUGUAUGGAGAUCAGUUUAGAGAAUUUGUAUGCGGAUACUGGGGCUUGAAGGGUUAAUGUGCCUAUUAAUUGUGAAAAAACCCUGACUUCUUUGUCCCCUUUAAUUGCCAAUAUUGAACUUGACCAGUAUUUCCUGACUACCAUUUGCCUUAGAUUAGCUUGAUAUUGUGAAAUUGUCAUCUUAUUCAGUUAAAUGUUUCAAAUUAUUUGACUAGGGAUCUUAAACCUGAAAAUCUCUUGCUGGAUGCACAAGCAAAUGUAAAGAUUGCCGAUUUUGGUCUCUCCAACAUGAUGACUGAUGGAGAAUUUCUUCGAACAAGUUGUGGAUCACCUAACUAUGCUGCACCUGAGGUUAUUUCUGGAAAGUAAGUCUGCUAGUUGACAUACAGUGGUAGCACAUAAAAAGGAACCAGGUUCAUAAAGCUCUUCAACAUCCAUUUUCUUGACGUUAUUUACUACAGCUGACUUGACUCUCUUGACACCUCUGUAAAACAGACACUUAAGGACACCUCUGCCGGACUUGCAAAAACAGAUGCUCAGGGUUCUCAAUAGAAGGAGGCAGCGAUUGGCUGCGACUUUGGGAUUUAUAGAGCUUACUUUGUGACUUUGCUUUGCUUUGUUUUGACACGUCUCGCUUUGCUGAAGAGCCUCCUACUUUAUCAGUGAUCACCUCCUACUUAAAAAUCUAUUGAGAACCCUGCCCGCUCUGACCGCUAGCUUGAUUUGUUCACAGUAGUCUUGCAAAUUCAAAUCCUCGACCAUGCUUGUAAAUAGCCAGCUGGUUUGCCUCUGGCCAGUUGGGAUUCUUAACCCUGUUAAGUUCAAUUUGAAUUGUCACUAGCAUUAGUGCCAUAAAUACUGCCUGGGUUAAAGAACGGAAUUAUUAUUAUCAUUUUUGAUUGCCGCUGCUCUUUUGCAGGCUUUAUGCAGGACAAGAAGUUGAUAUAUGGAGCUGCGGUGUGAUUCUUUAUGCCCUUUUAUGUGGAAGUGUGAGUAUCAAAUUUGAAAAACCUUCUCUUUGAAUUCUCAAAUUCCCUUUGUUUUGUAAUGGCAGAAAUAUUAUCUUUGGUAAGUCCUCCACUUAUUUUGGUUUGUUUUUCUCUUUUCAGCUUCCAUUCGAUGAUGAGCACAUACCAACUCUUUUUAAGAAAAUUAAAGGUUGGCAUUUCUACUCUUGAUCUCUUUCUUUUUCCCCCCUGGUACAGGAUGUAUGUAGCUAUUAAUUGUGUAUGGUUUGGUAGUAUUUUCUCUUAAAUAUAAAUUAUUAUUAUUGUUGUUUCCUUCAGGUGGUGUGUUUUACAUCCCAUCACAUCUUUCAUCGGAAACCAGUAGUCUUCUCUCUUCAAUGCUCCAAGUUGAUCCAAUGAAAAGAGCUACAAUGCAACAGAUAAAGUGAGUUGGAUAUACUGUAUAAAGUUGUCUCAUGUGAAAAGAAGUAACUGCAUCUGAAAACGGUAUUGCUUGAGUACCAUCCAUUUUGUGAAAAAUCUGUUAAGAAGUAUGUGUAAAUGUAUCACUAUUUCUCAUUCAUGAUUUUGCUUUUGUUGUCCAUAAAAAUCUGUAACUUAACUUAAAACCUACAAAGGUAUCUUGUUGAAAUUGUGAACCUACAUGUAUAGGAAAUGCAGGGGAACUAAGUUCUUAGUUUUAUGGUAACAUAAUUAUUCUUGCAAGAAGAAAGAAGUCAAAGAAUUAAAUGAUAUUGAUCAACCAUGUAUUUGUAUUAUUCCUUUUGUGGUAAUUGUGUCAUUUUGUGGACAAUACUAUUUUUGUAUAAACUUAUAAGAUUAUUUUCUCUGUUCAAGAAAGUGAAGCAAUAAAGAUAUUUAAAUGUACUAUGUAUGCAUCUUUUAAACUUGUUGCUUUGUCUGAUGUGAGUGUUUGAUCUUUAAUAGUUAUUAUACACUGUAUCACUCCCGGUUUUUCCUUCAGAAAUCAUGAAUGGUUCAGAAAGGAUCUUCCAAUUUAUCUGUUUCCAUCAUCAAAAUUAGAAAGUGAUGUCAUUGACCAAGAGUGCUUGACACAAGUUUGUGAGGUUGGAAUUUCUUAUUCUUUAUAAUAUUUUACUUAUCUUCUUUUACAUGUCUAACUGGCUACUGUUUGUGUGAUUUGGUUUUGUAUGUAAUUCUAAACCUUUUUCUCUGUGAAUCAAAUGUUUUAGUCUUACCAUCAAUUACUUUCACAUCAAGUGUUUCCUGUGUCAUUUUAAUUUUUUUAAAAUUACAUCAUUAGGGGCAUUGUUUAACUUAAACUUGUUAAUCUGAAAAGACAUCCCCAUUAACCUGUUCGGCUAACUCAAUGUUGUACCCAAUUCAAACCCUUUGGAAAUGAAAUGUUUUGUUUCGGGAAUUUCCUUGUCAUUUACUUGAGAAUGCCACAUUAUAAUGCAAAUACAAUACACAAAUAAUUCUUAACCCCGGAAGAUUCGAAUUGUGUACAACAUUGAGUUAGCCAAAUAGGUCUAUUGGGCUUUUUACAUUUCCAUGAUGUAUGUGGGAUGAUUUCCCUUCCCUCCCCUCCCCUCAGUUCCUCAGACUUGCUUGAGCCAGCAGUGGUGGUAUAUGUUUGUAGUCACUGUAGUUUAUAUGUCUAAAAGACAAUUUAAUGAUGUGUUCCACCAUAUAUAUUUUCUUACUCAACAGAAACUAAACUGUCAUGAAACUGAUGUGAGAUGGGCAAUAAAGAAUGGAGAUACUCAUGAUCAACUGAAGAUAGCUUAUCACCUUAUACUCGACAACAAGAGAAUGAGAAUGCUUGGUAAGUUCAGUAUUGGAAUGUGACCGGUUUCUUUGGAGGAACAGGUUUAUAAGGCAUUGGGAUAAACUUUAUUUAUUUUUUUUUUUACAGCUGAAGGUGAGGGAAAACUACAUGUACAGGAGUUCUACUCAUCUGUUUCUCCACCCACCUCUGCAUUUAUUGUGAAAGACUCGACGUCUCUUGUGGUAGGUGUCUGUGUUUACAAAAAUUGUUAUUCAAACAGCAGUUUUAGCUCAUCAAAGAAUUUACGGGGGGUAUAGUUGAAAGGACUCUUACCGCGGAACAUGAUAGCUACAGCUUGCCAGAAGUACGACCUGUAAAACUGAAUUUCUUUGCACCCACAAUAUACGCAUUAACAAGUUGAAAACAUUCAUUUAAGGUCGAUUAACAGUGAGGAUGUCGCUUGUUACCUGAAAAAUGCAUUUAGUAUUAAGUUUAUUAGAUCAGUAAGUAUCAUAAAAGAUCUGCCUUUUUUUCACCAGACCACAACAGCAACGCAGCGACCCUCAUCCACUCCAGUUGAUGUUUUAAGAACUGGGUCCACUGCUCUUCCCACUACACCCUCCAAGAAAGUGCCGUACCUCAGGUUAGCCCUGGGAAAGCGACCCAAAUGGCAUUUAGGUAAGUUUAUAUCAGGCAAGCAGGUAGUACGUGUAACCAUGAGCUUUAAAAGUUAGGAAACCCUGGUCAGUCUUGUAGCCAGUUUAGAACUUGGAAAUCAUUAGAUUUGUCCAUUGACAUGUUAAUGAAAACGAUGUAAUCAAAAUAAUGCCAUCAUAAUAAAGCUAUCAAAUCCUUUCUCGAUAGUAUUAGACCAAUUCAUGGUGAGUUAAUUUGUCCUUCUUACAAUAAAAUCUGUGAAUGAAAUCCUAGGGUGUUACCAUUCGGAUUAAACCUCUUUGUCAGAUCUUUUUUAUGAUACUUUUUAUUGCUUUAGGAUUUUGUACAAAGGAAUUUGAAUCUGCCAUUGAAUUUUUUUCUUUGGUCAUGGGCAGGAGCGAAAUUGUUCAGCUAAACUAUUUAUCAGUGUUGGAUUAAAUCCACAAAGAAUGAUCAGCCACUAGAAGGAAUGAAUAAUGGCAACUCUAGCCUAUAUUUAGUUAGUUGAGUCUUUUCAUGUUUUUUUGUUUUGUCUUGACAAGUCUUGCCUUGAAUCAUAUUUUAAAUUGAGUAAAAACCGUGUUAAUGAUUUUUAUUUUUGAUUACAAACUGUUUGUGUGUGUCCGCAACAGGUAUUCGGUCACAGAGUAAGCCAAAUGACAUAAUGGGAGAAGUUUACCGAGCCAUGAUGUCUCUAGGAUAUGUAAGUGCUCACUUGAAAUUCAUCAGAAUUUUAAGUCAUAAGUUGUCUGUCUUAAUUAUAUUGAAAAUGUGUGUCCAUAUUGAAAAAAUUAUAAAUACCCCGAAAAACACUGUCCUUGUGUUGUACUUGAAUGUGUUUGUGAGAAUUAUUGCAGGUAACUAUUAUAACUAAUGAGGUUUUUUGACUUCUGUAGGAAUGGAAAAUAAUAAAUCCCUUUCAUCUUCGAGUGAUACGUCACAAUAACGGCACAGGAAAAUAUGUAAGUAUUUUGAUACAUAGUCACUAUGAUAUAGUUUGAGCAUUUAGAUCUAAUCAGUAACUUGUUGCAAAAUUCAACAUAAACAAAAACACCAACAACUCAAACUUUUUAUUGGCAUUUUGUAUCUUUUUUACUCUAUGAUAGGUAGAACAGAAAAAAAGUUCUGAUGCAUGCUUUUUACAAACUAUGAUUUUGUUUCCUCAUUUUGUAGACCAAGAUCGCCCUACAGUUAUACCAAGUUGACCACAAGAGUUAUUUGCUGGACUUUAAAAGCCUACCUUGCAUAGACCCUCCAGAACAUUCAGAGGGAGUUUUAACAUCUGGAAAAUCCUCCCGGAAAUCAUCAUGUAAUUCUUCUUUUAGCAGCCUUAAAGAUUCCGAUAACUUGAGCUCUCCUGGUCACACUGGCUCACAUCAUGUUAUGGAAUUCAUGGAAAUGUGUGCCAAUCUCAUUGUUGCUCUUGCUUGUUAAAGGAGGUGGGAUAUAGUUGUAGGAUAAUACAGUGAAAAUGAAGCAAAUGGAAAGGUAAAUAAAUCACUGGAGUUGCAUUUCAACACCAGAGGGAGUGAUGCAGAUCGGUUGCCUGAGCGUAAAGUUAUCUUCCAUCAGUUUUUUUAUGCAUCAUCAAACUGACAUAUGUGCGAUAUGCCACUUAACAAAAGUGUCAACCAUGACGGGGGAAAACAUGUAUGGAGACAUUGACGUCGUUUCCCUUGCAAACAUGCAAGUUAUUGAUGGAAGUGUCAAGAGCAUGAUGGAUUAAAAGUAAAGAGAGAAGGAAAGAGAAAAAGUGAAAAUAUCAAAGGUGUUCAUGCUUUGGUUUCUACUAAGGACAGUACUUCUGACUGCAAUUUGUGGUGAACAUUGGGUCCACAGCAGAAAAAUUAAUGAAUAAAACAAGCUGAAGAAAUAGUCUUUGGUAAAUGUACUGUAAAUUACAUUAUAUUUUAAAAAUAGGGAAGCCUUUGUAAUUUCUAGAAACGUAUGUUUAAUUGACCGUAUUUUUAGGCUAGCCCCACACAAAUCUGAAUACUUUUCAGGAAACCGGAUUUUAAUUUUUUUAACUCGAAUCAGCCCUCUGUCCACAUGAAACCAGUGAAUCAGGUCACCGAAACUGCCUUGUUUUGAAACUGCCCUCCAGAUUCCGGAUAAAAAAUAUUCAGUUUUAAAAAUGACUGAAUUCAUGUGGACAUGGCCUUAUGUGUACCAUUUUUUUCCAUUGGGACUUCUUUAAGGCGCCUAAACUUAACAGGCAUUUUCCCUUUGAAUAUUACAGAAAAAAAUUUAAAAGUUAGUCAUUAAUAUUAUUUAUUGCCCAAGUGGCCUAAAACAGUUAAGUGUAAUUCUUCAAAAGUGCUGCUUUGUAAAGGUUUCAUCAAUGAGGACAACAAAUUGCAGUACCAUUCAGUCAGUUACAUUUUUAUUUUUUAUUCAUGACAAGCAUGUUUUGUUCACAUGAAGAUAGCAACGGAUAAUUCCAUGUGCAUUAGAAGUAAAAUUACCGACAGCUUUAUGCUUCAUUUGCAUGCUACUAACUUUCAAAGCUGAUUUCUUUUCUGGGAAUGAGUCACCAGCGUGUUGUUUACUUGUAACAGAGGAUUUACUAUACAAUUGAACCUCGAUUAAUGAACUCUUACUGCUGUAUAUAAAAAAAGUGCAAACCAAAACAUGAAAGACAAAACUUUGCCUUUUAGGAUAUAAGAGCACUUGCUUCAAUUCCAGACUGGCCAUGUUUCAUCAGUGAAAUGUAAGAUCUCAUCUUGCUGCUUACAUAAGAGCUGAUGUGGAUAUACCAGAAGUUCUUCCCUGGUUUCAUGAGACAUUUAAUGUUAUAUAGACAGAGGAAAGCGUUGUUAUUCUUGUCCAAGUGAUUUAAAUUUGGUUUGAAAGAACUUGUGUUAUACUAAGGUUUAGAUUUGCAAAGGUGAGAAAAGUUCUAGCAAACCCAGUUUGUCUAAAAAUUUUUUAAGCAAGUGACUGCCAUGUUAUCAUUUUGCAGUUUAUUUUGGUGUACAGUUAAAUCCCUUCCACACAACAGAAGUUGUGUCAGACUAAUAUUCGUAUUAAAUUUAAGAACAGUACAUUGCAGUAAGUUUCAAGCAGUUCAUUCAGUUGCUUUACUUACAGGGAGUUUUAGUUAAUGACGUUAGAGGACCAUUGAGUAUCUAUAUUCAUCUCAGAAAAGUGUCUGCCAUUCAGAGACCCUGAGAUACACUGUUUCCAGUUUA